UUCGGCCUCUCCUGACACAGAGAUGGCUGCAGCUCUGACUCUUCUUCUCAUUGGCUCUCUGCUGCAAGGUGCCCUGUGUGGAAAGUUUGAGUCAUUUAUUCCGCAGAACAUCGAGGUUCUGAGUGGAUCCUGUGUGACCAUCCCCUGCUCCUUUGACAUAGAGGACAAAUAUGAAACAAACUUGGAUAACACAUGUAAAGCAGUGUGGAAAAAUGAUCAAGGGACUGUUGUGUUUGACAGUAAUUCACAACAAACCAUAAUGAAUGGAGAACUGAUAGGAAACUUAACAAAAAAUGACUGCACCACAACCCUGAACAACAUGAAACCUGAUUACAGCAAUUCAUAUUUCUUCAGAGUGGAAUGCAACAAUGAACUGAAAAUUAGUUUUGUUGGACAAAAAUUGUAUAUUUCAGUCAACGCUGAUCCUCCCAGUCCGACUCUGACUCCGUCCACACUGAAGGUGAAGGAGGGAGACUCAGUGAGUUUGUCGUGCUCUGCUCCAGCUCCCUGUCGGUCUCAUCCUCCAACUCUGACAUGGACCCCCGGCCUGGGUGGCAGUCAGGAGACACUGCAGGACAAUCAGGACCAAACUAAAGUCAAGAUCUCUAACGUUACCUUCACUGCUUCUCACCUCCAUCACAAGAAGAACAUCUCCUGUACUGCCGUCUACAACAAACAAGAUGGCGGCACUGAGUCAUCGGUUAGCACGAGUUUAACAGCUGAUAUUUCAUGUGCCCUGUGUGGAAAGUUUGAGUCAUUUAUUCCGCAGAACAUCGAGGUUCUGAGUGGAUCCUGUGUGACCAUCCCCUGCUCCUUUGACAUAGAGGACAAAUAUGAAGUAAACUUGGAUAACACAUGUAAAGCAGUAUGGAAAAAUGAUCAAGGGACUGUUGUGUUUGACAGCACUUCAAAAUCAACCCCAAAAAAUGGAGAACUGAUAGGAAACUUAACAAAAAAAGACUGCACCACAACCCUGAACAACAUGAAACCUGAUUACAUCAAUUCAUAUACCUUCAGAGUGGAAUGUGACAAUGACCUGAAAUAUAGUUUUGUUGGACAAAAAUUGUAUAUUCCAGUCAACGCUGAUCCUCCCAGUCCGACUCUGACUCCGUCCACACUGAAGGUGAAGGAGGGAGACUCAGUGAGUUUGUCGUGCUCUGCUCCAGCUCCCUGUCUGUCUCAUCCUCCAACUCUGACAUGGACCCCCGGCCUGGGUGGCAGUCAGGAGACACUGCAGGACAAUCAGGACCAAACUAAAGUCAAGAUCUCUAACGUUACCUUCACUGCUUCUCACCUCCAUCACAAGAAGAACAUCUCCUGUACUGCCAUCUACAGCAAACAAGAUGGCAGAACUGAGUCAUCGGUUAGCACGAGUUUAACAGCUGAUAUUUCAUAUUCCCCCAAACACACCACAGUGUCAGUUAAUCCCUCUGGUCCAGUACCAGAGGGCAGGAAUGUGUCUCUGACAUGCAGCAGUACUGCCAACCCAGCAGUAAGGAACUACACCUGGUACAGAGCUGAUGGAGGCCAGGAGACUUUUAUUGGGGCCGGAGCUGUUUUAAACUUUAAAGUAUCUAAAGAAGACAGUUCUUUUUUCUGCAAGGCUGAAAAUGAUAUUGGAGUUGGACAAUCCAACCUCAGUCAAAUAGAUGUUCACUAUUCUCCCAAACACACCACAGUGUCAGUUAAUCCCUCUGGUCCAGUACCAGAGGGCAGGAAUGUGUCUCUAACAUGCAGCAGUACUGCCAACCCAGCAGUAAGGAACUACACCUGGUACAGAGCUGAUGGAGGCCAGGAGACUUUUAUUGGGGCCGGAGCUGUUUUAAACUUUAAAGUAUCUAAAGAAGACAGUUCUUUUUUCUGCAAGGCUGAAAAUGAUAUUGGAGUUGGACGAUCCAACCUCAGUCAAAUAGAUGUUCACUAUUCCCCCAAACACAUCACAGUGUCAAUUAAUCCCUCUGGUCCAGUACCAGAGGGCAGGAAUGUGUCUCUAACAUGCAGCAGUACUGCCAACCCAGCAGUAAGGAACUACACCUGGUACAGAGCUGGUGGAGGCCAGGAGACUUUUAUUGGGGCCGGAGCUGUUUUAAACUUUAAAGUAUCUAAAGAAGACAGUUCUUUUUUCUGCAAGGCUGAAAAUGAUAUUGGAGUUGGACAAUCCAACAACAUACAGAUAGAUGUUCAAUUUGCUCCACAGAUCCUGCCCUCAUCUACCUGCAGCAAAGCUGCAGCCCAGCUGAAUUGUUCCUGCAUGACAGUGGGAAAUCCUUCUGCCACUUUACAGUGGUAUUUGGAUGGGUUACCUGUCAAUCACUCUGACAAGUUCAUAAUAAGCAAUAACACUUUGAAUGACAAAAACCUGAUAAGCAUCAUCACUGUGAAUCAACUCCAGGAUUGGGAUCGUUCCACCUUGCUCUGCCGCAGCUCCAACUCUCUGGGAUCUGCCAGUCAACAAUUUUGUGUCAACAGCCCUAAGCCUCAAACAUCUACACAAGACCAAGUGAUGUUGCCAGUCUUCAUCACCACAGUUGUCGCUCUACUAUUACUCGUAUGUUCUCUGCUGUGUGUUAUCAGGGCUCAGAAGACUCAGCAUAACCUUCAGAAGAGUCAGUGCACAGGUGACACCAACACCGUUAAUAUGAGCCAACUUCUAACAAGUGGAGAGGGAAAUGAGGUACCCAACACAACAGAAGAGGACAUUUACGUCAACACUAACGCACUGAGACAGGCAGAUGUCCCCACCCCUGAAACUAUCUCUGAGCCAAACAGCGCCAACUUGCCAAGCUCUGGACCAAACAAUGCACAGGGAGACAGUAGAAGCUUGAAGAAGCAGAAUGAGGAAGGCAACGACGUGAUUUACUCUAGUGUGAAUUGGGAGAUCAAGAGCAAGAAGAAGAAGGGAGAAGACUAUGUGGACACGCACCAGCCUGGUAGCUCCUAUCUGGAGGAGGAGAGGAGCAUGGUGGGAGACAUGUGCAGAGGUUUUGUGGACAACGCACUAUAUAUGGGAACCCUGUAUGACAAUGUGAAGCCUAGAAAUGUGGAGAAGGAAAGUGAAUAUGCCCAGGUUAAAUAUAAAAACAGAGGUGUGAUGCACAAAUAGGUCACAGUCCUACAUUGCUGUGCCAGUUAUGUAAUUUGUAAUCUUUAGAACAUCUUGCUCUAUUGUGUUAUGUUUUCUUGUUUGUCAGCUAUGUCACCGAAAUUUAGACGGAAUUAUGUUAAGCUCAUGGGGUUUUUAAGA